GAAAAGACGCACUUCCGACAGCUGAUGGAGAGGUGCCCACUACAGAGGAUGUGGAAGGAGCUUUUUGAAAGCAGUGACUUUGCCAAGCGACAUGCAGAGAUUCAAGAGUUCAAUCGCCAGCACCGCUGGCGGAAGCGAGGCUUGGCGCAGCUGCCAACAAAGUUUGGGAUCAGCUUUACAGCGAAGUUCAUGAAUCAAGCGGGUGCACUGGUCCAUGUCUACACCGAUGGCACCGUUUUACUGACCCAUGGCGGCACCGAGAUGGGUCAGGGGCUCCACACCAAGAUCUGCCAGAUUGCGGCUCGUGCUUUUGGCAUCCCCAUGGAGGCGGUGGCCUUCCGUGAGACGGGCACCGAUACGGUGCCCAACGCCUCCCCGACCGCUGCCUCGGCCUCCUCGGACAUCUACGGCAUGGCCACCCUGAAUGCUUGCGAGAAGAUUAAGAGUCGCUUGCAGCCAUAUUUGGCGAAGUUUCCGGACUUCAAGAGCGCAGUGAACGCCGCCUACAUGGACCGGGUGGACCUCUCGGCCCACGGUUUCUAUGCCACGCCUGGCAUCGGCUAUGACUGGUCCUUGCCAGAAGACCAACGAGGGAAGCCAUUCAACUACUUUACUUUUGGAGCUGCAUGUUCAGAAGUGGAGAUCGAUGUCUUGACUGGCGACAUGCGAAUUUUGAGAUCUGACAUCCUAAUGGAUGUGGGCAACAGCCUCAACCCAGCCAUUGACAUAGGGCAGAUCGAAGGUGCUUUCACCCAGGGCUUCGGCUGGGCCACGAUCGAGGAGACAGUUUGGGGCUGCUCUGAGUUCAGCUGGUUAAAGCCUGGCGUGUGCUUCACCCGUGGCCCGGGAACCUACAAGAUCCCCUCCUUCAAUGACACGCCCGUAGACCUCCGGGUCACCUUGGUCAAGGACUCUGCGAAUCCCAAUGCCAUCCAUUCAUCACGGGCGGUUGGUGAACCACCCUUCUUCUUAGGUUCCUCCGCCUUCUUUGCUGCAAGAGCGGCCAUCGCCUCUGCUCGGGAGGACACUGGUGCUGCGCCCCACGACUACUUCGUGGUGGACCUGCCGCUGACGCCGGAGCGAAUCCGCCUCGCCUGCAAUGAUCCCUUGACCUCCCGCUUUGCGUCCAGCCGCCCCAGACCCAGCAUCUUCGUUUGAGGAGAGGCUCUGGGGUACGGGAUGGAGGGCAGAUGGGUGGCUAGGGCUUCUUCUGCGAGUAGAUCCGAGUAGAUGAUCGUCUUGACGGAGGAGUACAGUGUAUCUCCAGGUGUAUACUAAGCAAACGAGCACACUAGUGACCAGUCACUUCCUUUGAUUCUUAGGCAAAUGAUUGCACUAUUGAAGGUCAGAACGCAUGGCGUGGAUACGACGCCCUCUCUCACGUAGGCCUCAACAUCUCUCCCUCCAAGCAUGUGCCGGAUGCGGAUGAGGCUUCUCUCGGCACAUCCACGUACAUACACCUGCACUCAGCCAUGUAAGUCGUCAACCACCUGUUCAUCCUCAUAUGCUUCUGGCUUGCACUGUCUGAUCAUUCAAGAUUCAGUAAGUUUUAAAGGGCCAUGCAUUCUUCUAGCCAAUCUACUAAAGAUACAUAAAUUAUAUCCACAAUAGGUAUCACAUGACACGUUCUUCUAGUGUAGUCACCUGGUGCGAGAGGCCACGAAGCCCAAUCACGCUACCAGUAUCCAGAAAAGUUUAGGACAACAGGCUGAUGGACUGCACACCCUUGUGGCUUAUCUACAGUCUACAGGUUUUGUUUUGAAUUUCCCUAUCCAAAUUUCAACCAAUGCAAUUGAGUUCACACGAGGUGUCCCAAUCCCCAUUCCGAAUGUGUUGCUUAUGUUUUGACAGCUUAAUGAUCACCGCAAAGCCGGGACAAAUCUUGAUACUGCGGUGCCUCGUGACCAAGCAAGCCUAAGUUCCACUCCAUUAUUGGAUAGGUCUCCCUCCCCAUGUUUGUCACAUCGUCCUUGGUGAGCUGUUUGGUGCUUCUUUCUGGGAUUGCUUUUGGUUUUUGGUGUUCUGUUUACUGUAGCUUCUUUUGCCGUGCAUCGGUCUUCUCGGGUGAUUCGCUAUAUGAACGAUGAUAUAAUCCAGUGAAAUAGUCGGAUGUAGCAGGACUGUUGCGAAGAAUUCUACAGAAGUCAUGUGACAUUUGCCCAACAUUGUACUGGACAUGACCCAUCGUUUCCAGCCGUGCAGUUGCCAAGGCAGUCGAACAAGAGACGACCGGUUCAGGACCCGUUGUGCAGUGAGGCAUUUUUGGCACACUUGACGCGCUGAACACCUGCCGGCGGCGUGCCGCGAACACCGCAGCGCGAAGCAUCUAGAAGCAGCUAGAAGAAGCUGCUCAGAAUGCUGCCAAAUACACUACCAAAGCCAGUGGUUGCAGUCUGGUGGAAGACAAGAACAUGGCACGAUGCCCCACUUUAUGAAUGCUGGUCGCGUCUCCC